AUGGAUCACUUGUUUCUUUCAAUGGAGUCAAACUACCAAAAAAACCCUAUGUUCAUUGAAGAUCCAGUUGACGUUUAUUUGAAUUCUCUUCCGCCCGGUUAUCGAUUUGCCCCUACCGAUGCAGAGCUGAUUCUAUAUUACUUGCAGAAAAAGAUUUUGAAGCAGGAACUACCCCUUAACAAGAUUCGUGAAAUCGAUAUUUAUCAACACGAUCCUCAGUACCUUGCUGAGACGCAGUUGAACAGACAUGGAGAAAGAGAAUGGUACUUUUUCACUCCCAGGGAGCGAAAGUACCCCCAUGGUUCACGGCCAAAUCGAACAGCACACGAUGGAUUCUGGAAGGUAACUGGAAAAGAUGAAGUCAUUACAUCAGCUACAGGUGAAAUAAUUGGAUACAAAAAUACUCUUGAUUACUUUGAAGGGACACAUUCAGAAAACCAAAAGACCAAAUGGAAAAUGCAUGAAUAUAGACUAAAGAAAUCAGAGAGAGAUGAAGAUAUUGCUGCUUCAAAUAAUGAAAAAUGUCAACGUGAUAUGAAGUUGGAUGAUUGUGUUUUGUGUAAGAUUUACACAAGUAACAGAUGCAAGGCCGGGAAAAGCACCAAGAAAAUUAGCAACAGUGCAAAGAAAUCAUUCAAUUCUGUCCAAGAUAGAGAUGUUCAGCAUGAAAAUCAGGAUCAACCAACUUUUGGUGGUGAUUACAAUUCCAAUUCUCCCGCUGCAUUUAACAAUGGUUAUGGUUCGACGAACAAAUUUUGUGACCCUGCAAAUCUUCCUCUGCAAGAUCAAGCUUGUGGCAUCGCCCAUCCUUCAGGACACAUCAAUAACUUCAAUAAUCAAAACAAUACACAUUACAACAUGCACUCAAGUUCUUUGGAAGAUCAUGUCAGAGAUUUUGAGCGUUGGUUAAUUACAGCCGUGCACGAAGAAGGCAAAAAGUGAUCAUGUACCUGAUGGAAUACAGUCUUCUAACGUGCCAGAUGAUACUCUAGGUGACAAAGUUCAUCACGAUCAAUCCAAGAAGACUUAAUUAGUUGUAUCUUAAAGCUAGCCAACAAGAAGAAAGAAAGAAAAGAGAGGGUUUAUGUUGAGACAAACUGAGAUAUUGACAUAGAUAACUUUUGGGUUAAUGGGAUCUUACUCACUUUAGUUUUUGUGUGAUUAU